GCUUUAGGUUCUCCAGGAUGCAUUAGACCACCCAGCCGCUCGCAAGCUCUGAUGUAACAUGGCUUUCCUGUGCAGACUGCGCAUGAGCAGCUAGGGCAGAUUUAAGGAAUGCCUUCAACAACAGAUGUUAGACACUGUGCUGUAGCAGCAGUUGUUGUGCUGGAAUAUGUGGAAUAGCUUUAAGUCAACCAAAAAUAAGUUCACCCUCCAGAUUAUCAGCUGCCUGCUUUGAGCAUAACUUGACCAGGAUCUGAACACUCCAAACACAGAAAUGAUUUGGCAACUAACAUCUUGCUGGACAUACCUUAUCAGAUCCCUGAUAUUUGGUCUACUUCUGCAGACUCCAGUUGCACAGCUUUCCAUCAUCACACAGCCAAAUAUAGUCCUACUCAUGGCUGAUGACCUUGGCAUAGGAGAUGUAGGUUGCUAUGGGAAUGAUACCAUCAGGACCCCAAACAUUGAUCACCUUGCAAAGGAAGGAGUGAAACUGACCCAACACAUUGCUGCGGCUCCACUUUGCACCCCCAGCAGAGCAGCUUUCCUCACUGGCAGAUAUCCCCUCCGAUCAGGGAUGGAUGCUGUAAACAAUUAUCGUGUUAUCUUUUGGAAUGGUGGCUCAGGAGGGCUUCCUCCAAACGAAACUACUUUUGCCAGAAUACUUCAGCAGCAAGGCUACAGCACAGGACUGAUAGGGAAGUGGCAUCAAGGCGUUAACUGUGAAUCCCGCAAUGACCAUUGUCAUCACCCUUUAAAACACGGGUUUGACUACUUUUAUGGGAUGCCUUUUACGCUAAUAAGUGACUGCCAACCAGCAGAAACACCAGAGAUGGACAGAGCCUUUAGAAGGAAGCUCUGGUUUUCCACUCAGAUGAUUGGCCUAGCUAUACUCACUGCUGCUCUGGGAAGACUUACUGGCUUGAUUUCAGUCAGCUGGAAAACACUGACCUGUCUUGCCGGGCUUAAUCUCCUGUUCUUCAUAUGCUGGUUCUCCAGUUAUGGGUUUGUACGAUACUGGAACUGCAUUAUGAUGAGAAACCAUGAAGUUACUGAGCAGCCAAUGGUGACAGACAGGACAACAACCCAUAUCUUGAAAGAAUCCAUUUCAUUCAUUGAAAGAAAUAAGCACAAGCCAUUCCUCCUUUUUCUUUCCUUUUUACAUUCCCACACCCCGCUCAUCACCACAGAGAAGUUUCUUGGGAGGAGCAGCCAUGGUUUAUAUGGAGACAAUGUAGAGGAGAUGGACUGGAUGGUGGGCCAGGUUCUUGAUGCUAUUGACAAGGAAGGCUUGAAAAAUACGACACUAGUUUACUUUGCUUCUGAUCAUGGUGGAUGGCUGGAAAGACAAGAAGGCCAAAGACAGCUGGGUGGCUGGAAUGGAAUAUACAGAGGUGGAAAAGCUAUGGGAGGCUGGGAAGGAGGAAUCCGUGUGCCAGGGAUAUUUAGAUGGCCAGGAGUUUUACCUGCAGGCAAAGUUAUCGAUGAACCUACAAGCCUUAUGGAUAUUUAUCCUACAGUAGUUAAUUUGGCUGGAGGGGUACUACCUCAGGACAGGGUAAUUGAUGGCCGGGAUCUGAUGCCUUUACUGCGAGGAACGGUUGAGCACUCGGAGCAUGAGUUCCUGUUUCAUUACUGUGGCAUUCAUUUACAUGCUGCAAGGUGGCACCAGAAGGACAGUGGAACCAUCUGGAAGGCUCACUAUGUGACCCCCAUCUUUCGUCCUCUCGGAGCUGGGGCUUGUUAUGAUAGGGGAUUUUGUCCAUGUUUUGGGGAAGGUGUGACCCAUCACGACCCUCCGUUGCUGUUUGAUCUCUCACAAGACCCUUCUGAAGCCAAACCUCUGUCAUCUGACACUGAGCCCCUCUUUGACACUGUAAUAAAGAAGAUUGGAAGAGCCAUAGAAGAGCAUCGCAGGACACUGACUCCUGUCCCAGAGCAGCUUUCCACGUACAAUGUGGUGUGGAAGCCGUGGCUGCAGCCAUGCUGUGGAACAUUCCCAUUCUGCUGGUGCGAUAAGGAAGGUGACAAUAAACCUGCCAACCUAUAAAAGAACAGUUACUUCCUCAAAAGUGUUCUUAGAUCCAGAGUGUUUUCUUUAUGGGUGCUGAUUGGUUAGUUGUUUGUUUUAAUAGAGCUUUUAUAUGAGAAUUGUUCCAUCAGAUGGCACAGUAUUUGUCAAAGGUGGUUUUAGGCUGAACACUCUCAGGGCGGGAUAAAGAAAGAAUGAUCUGAAGAGCAUGUUUUAACUUGCAUCUGCUGACAACUAACUGAAUAGUUCAAAUGCACUGAAGCAGACCAAGAUUAGAGCUGUACAAGUAAUGAUAUAACUUUGGUUUUAUUAUUCAUUAAUAUAUACUUAGAAGCUUUGUUUUAUUGUUCUGAGUUUCUAAGUAAUUCCUGGACUAAGGUCUCCCUUAAUUUUCUUACUGCUAUGCACAAGAUGCCCCUAUAAUAAAUAUUUGCAGACCAGUGCUUCCAAAAUAAUUAAAAUAUAAUUUGCCCACAGUUCCUCACAGAAUCUGCUUCAAAAGUAUCUUUCUUCUUUCCUUGUAUCUAGUCCCUCUAGCAGCAGUGAUGAUGGCAGCUUCUUAGUGUGAGGCUUCUGAGCCAGAAGAAAUUACCUGGUUGAGGCAUAAAGCCUGGAAACAUGACAAGCUGGAUAACAGCUCUCUGCACUUUCUGGGGAAGAUGGGACUUCUCUGAUUGGAGUCAGCCUCUUUUGAUGGGCAACACUAAAGGGAAAGGUUUUCCCCUUUCCAAAGGUUCCCAUUUCACCCAGCUCACUCAGAAGCACUGGCAAGGGCAUAGUGUCAUUGAUGUCCGCAGAAUUGCCACGCUGACAAGUUGAGCUAUUUGAGCAAGAACUGCACAAGUUACCUUGCUGCCAGUAUCUGUUAUAACUGAUUCCUGGUAACAAGUAGCAGAUUCAGAAAAAGACUCUUGGAAAGAUAACCAAUACUAGUUAUGAAAACAAACUCUAAUUUACUAUGGAAAAGGCAUCUGGCAACAUAAUUUGCCUAUUCACUUCAUUUCACAUUUUUUACUAUUUUUCUAUUCUGCUAGUACCCAUUUUUCUUGUUAAUCUCCUUUGAUAUAUAUUUAUUUUAUCUUGGUUUUCUUUCCUCCCAUUUCCCACAAUUCAGCCACCAGAAAAUCUGCAGGUAACCAAAGCCCUACAACUUGAAAGAAAGGGUUUAUUUUAUGCUGUACCUUCAUGCAUUUCACAGACUAAGUCACCAAAAUGCUCCAUCAGUGCUAUUGAUUAGAAAAAGACUGAGUCUUACUGUGGAAACUUCAAGAGAUUAACUGAAUCCAUCAAUUCACAUGUACUGGAUUGCUGUUUUAUUUCCUCCACUGUUAGCGGUGUGUGCUUUAUUUCUCAUUUGAAUGUGUUCUAUUUCACUGAUCCUUUCUUUGGCUAGAUUUAAGGUUUUUCAUAUUCAAUGUGCAGUAUUUUCUUUACCUGAAAUUACUGUAAUCAGACUGGCAUUUUCCAAUUUUCUCAGUCAUUUUCCAAAAUCUCACUGCCAUUCUCAAGCCAGUUUAGAAUCUGGGAUUUUACAUCUCAUCAAUUUUUUUAACACCUUUAAAAAUAUGUGGAAAUACCUGUUCAUAUGAUUGAACCAGUUUUCUUGCACUGAAAUACUUCAUAGCACUGGAUAUGCAUUUGGAGUUUGGGAACAAAGGAAGACAUCUGAGCCAGAAUUUGUCAUGGACAGAAGUGUUUGCCCAUGAUAGACCAGCCAUCAGGCCCUGCUGACAUGCAAAGUACCAUGGGACCAAAAAACAUUCAGGACUCUGUAAUACAGACAUUACAUGUGGAACUAUCAUGGACAAUAAUAAAGGUUGCCUUGACAAAA